CCAGGCUGUGAAUGAGCUCGUGCUGGGCUGCAUUGGUUCAAUGUCUUGCAGUGAGAGAUGCAAACAAGCGUAAGAGCCAUCAUCAGAGCUCUAGUGGAAGCAGAGGACCGCGCGACUGCAGCUGAUUCUCUCUGAGCGUGUUUGGGACAUAUACUCUGAUCGCUGGGAAUCUAGUGCGGUGAGAAUUGAGGACACUUGCUGUGUUCCGACGAAACUCAAGGUGACAUGUCGUGUUUCCAGCUGCUUUUCCCGCUGGCUGUCCUGGAUCUGGAGUGGAUCUGAACUGUUCCGAUGGCUGCAGUCCAGUGAACCCGGGCUGUCUUUGGAUCUGUGCGCGUGUGUGCGUGCGCGUGCAUGGGUCUAAGUGUGUGUGCGAGUCCGUAUGAGUGUGUGUGUAACCCCAGCACAUUUCCUUGGAGGGGUAUUUUUUUGUUUUUGGGCUCUAUGUGAUGCAUCUAGAUCGGGCUGGAUCCUCUGGGGGGGCAACAAUGUGGGUUACUGGGAAGGGGAAACCAACAGGACCCUGAGGCUUGUGUAAAUGUGCUUCCCAACCGCCUCAGUCGUCUGAGAAGGUCAGACCUCCCUGUGGCACGCUUGGGCCGCUGGCACUAAGAUGUCCCUCAGUAGUGACACUGCAGGCGGGAAAGGUGUGGACUCGAAUGCGGUGGACACUUAUGACAGCGGGGAUGAGUGGGAUAUUGGUGUAGGCAACCUGAUCAUUGACCUUGACGCAGACUUGGAAAAAGACAAGCUUGAGAUGUCUGGCACUAAGGACGGGGACGGAAUGGCUGCUGCCUCGAGUGCUGUAGCGGCAUUGCCAGACAACAUCAAGUUCAUUAACCCGGUGCCUCCUCCGCCGAUUAAGGACAGCAAAUCCAAAGCUAAGCGUAGCAAGAAUUCCAAGGACAGUAGCAAGUCCUCGACCCCUGAUGGGGCCAAAAAGGAUGCCCAGGGACGGACCCAAAAUGAGGGCACUGGGCCAACCGUGGGAAGUGGUUCCAUAGCUUUACCCUCCGGGAAAGGUUCAGAUAAAAGUAACAAAGCGUCCCGUAAUGUUCAGAGUGGAAAAAAGGACAAGGAGGGUUCUGGGAAAAGCAAGAAGGAAAAAAAUGAAGGGGUACAAGCUGGGAACGUGCCCUCGGAAAAGGACCCAUCAGCACAGGUUAUGCCUUUAGGCCAGGCACGCAGUACCCCGCUUGAGGGGAUGCAAAAUUUGGACCUUGUUGGUGCUGAUCAACUAGGGAAUAUUACCCUUGAUAACACUGGAAUAGUCACACCUUUGGCUAUCAAGAGUGAACCAGAAGAAGUGGAAAAUAAUGACUGCAGGACCAUGAAGAAAGUGAAAAGCGAAAAGAUGGAGUCUCCGGUCUCCACGCCGGCACCGCCACCACUCCACCUCCUCGCUCCUGUCGGCAACAGCGACAUCUCCUCCUCGUGUGAGCAGAUCAUGGUCCGCACGCGCUCCGUGGCCGUCAACACCUCUGACGUGGCUGAGCCCGAGUGUCUGGGUCCCUGCGAACCUGGCACCAGCGUCAACCUGGAGGGCAUCGUGUGGCAGGAGACUGAGGACGGUAUGCUGGUUGUAAAUGUUACCUGGAGGAACAAGACGUAUGUGGGCACGCUUUUAGACUGCACACGACAUGACUGGGCACCCCCACGGUUCUGUGAGUCACCCACAAGUGACCUGGAGAUGAGGAAUGGCCGUGGUCGAGGUAAAAGAAUGAGGCCCAAUAGCAAUACGCCAGUCAAUGAGAACAGCAACUCUUCUGAUAACAAAGGCAGCAACAACAGCAAGACUCGAGCCGCGUCCAACAGCAAAGGGCGACGGGGCAGUCAGAAUUCCUCUGAGCGGCGCACCCCACCAAACAGCAACACUGAGGAUGUAAAAGCUAGUCCUUCAUCUGCUAACAAACGCAAGAACAAACCUGUCUCAGACAUGGAACCCAAUUCCAGUUCAGAGGACACUAAGGGUAGCAAACGUAUGCGCACCAAUUCAAACAGUGGAAUACCUCAUACUGUUCUUCCCCUCUCCAACAUCAAAGCUGAAUCCUUGCCUCCCUCUUUGGAUCGCAACUGCCCCUCGCCAGUGCUUAUCGACUGCCCCCAUCCCAACUGCAACAAGAAAUACAAGCACAUUAACGGCCUGAAGUAUCACCAGGCUCGUGCUCACAAUGAUGAUGACAUCAAGCUGGACAUAGAUGGUGAUAGUGAGUAUGGUGAGGACUCCACUUUGCAUCCAGAGCCAGGCAGUUGCAAUGGUGCAUCCAUUUCACAGAAGGGAUGUGCAUCUCCUGCACGGUCAAUCACCCCCAAAGGUAGAGGAUUUGAUGCCCAGAGCCCAUCACCAUCAUCAGGAAAGUUCAGCUCCAAGCAACCUGGCAAGAAGAAAUCAGAGGCUGAGCAUGACUCUGGUCUGCCCAUGGAUGGCUGUGAAGAUGGCCCAUGUCUUACAGAUGAGACGAGCAAUGAUGGCAUUGAUGAUAAAAGAGGUUUGGACAAAACUAAGAAGUCUGGCAGUGGUACCAAGGCAGACAAGCUCGCUCAGAAGGCAAUGAAGUCUGCAAGGCCCCUCAUUCCUUCCUUACCUCCACAGCAGUUGUAUGCCUUACCAACCUCUAACUUCCCUGCCCCCAAUUCUGGCUCCUCCUCCAGCAUGGGAUCCGUAGUCCAGUCCAUUAGCAAGAGCCCCCAACUAAAAACUGUUCAACCCAAACCUGCAGUAAUGGGAGAUCCCUCAAUAAACCCAGUCUUGGGAAGCUCUAAAGACAAGAAAAAGAAAGAUAAGAAAAAGAAGGAGGGUGGUAAGGAAGGAGACAGUCCAAAAGCCCCUGGCAAAGCAGGGAAACCUGAAGAAGGUAAAAGCCCAUAUUCUGAGAGCUUAGACCAAGGCAGCAAGAGUGAGGGGCUGUUAAAUGGAUCCACAGAUCCACAUCAAAGUCGGCUAGCCAGCAUGAAAGCAGAGGCGGACAAAAUCUACAGCUUCUCUGAUAAUUCUCCCAGUCCUUCUAUAGGUGUGGCCAGUCGGAUAGAAAGUGGGGGGAUGGCGCAACCUGUCAAUCCACUUCAUGUGGUUACCCAAAAUGGGGCUGAUAACUCUUCUGUGAAGACCAACAGCCCAGCAUACUCAGACAUCUCUGAUGCAGGGGAAGAUGGAGAGGGCAAAGUGAAGGACAAGUCUGAGGAUCAGGCAGUUCGGGAAGGUGCCAAGAAAUCCCUGUUCCCACCCCAACCACCAAACAAAGACUCUUCUUAUUACCCAGGUUAUGAAACAUACUACUCGCCCAGUUAUGUCAACCCAAACCCCAGUCCAGGAGUUUCUAACACUAACACAUCAUUGCAAGAUGGUGCAGUGAAAGUGAAAAAAGAAGAAGACCCAGAACCUGGUAAUGACAAGGGCAAAUCAGAGCCAUCUGAAGAUCGAAAACCAGAAAUAGGUCCAUCCUCUCAGCAGCCACCGCAGCCUUCAGUCAUUCAGCAGCGUUCUAGCAUGUUCAUGCAGCCCCUCUAUUACAAUCAGUAUGCUUACGUGCCUGCCUAUGGCUAUUCACCUGAUCAGGCCUACCAUAACCACCUGAUGAGCACAAACCCAGCUUACAGGCAGCAGUGUGAGGAGCGGCAACGGCAAGUGGCUGAACAGCAUCGUGCUGCAGAGAAGAAAUCAGAGGCUGCUCAGAAGGACAGGGAAGCAUCCAUGAAGCAAGAAGAAUGGAAGCAGAAAGCUUCAGUUCCUCCUACCUUGUCUAAAGCGCCAAGUCUCUCAGAUUUGGGCAAACCAUCCCCACAGGGCAAGCCCAAAGAUCCCUCGGAGCCUGGCAAGUCGGUCAUUAUCCCCAAGGGAGAAGAUGGCAAGGGACAGACCCAGCAAGGUGAGGGGUUGAAAAUGAAGCUAAGUGAAGCUGGACAUCAUGCGAAAGAUGAGCAGAAACCAGGCCUUGAGUCUGGGAGAUCGGCUAUGGAGCAGGCAAUGUACAUGUACAGACAGGACCCAGACUCUCGACUGUGGCCCUAUGUUUACCCCAGCAAGUACCCCGAUACUCAGAAACAGAUUGAUGAGGAGAGAUGGAAGGAAGAGAGAGAGCGGGAUCGUGAGCGUGAAAGGGAAAGAGAUCGGGACAGAGACCGCGAGAGAGACCGGAAAGGCAAAGAUGAAAGGCUGCGUCCUAAAGACACUCCAUCCAAAGAGGAAAGCAAGGAAGCAGCCGAACCACGAACUUUGUCUGCCUCAGAGGAGCAUAGAGGAGUCAGCAAAGAUCCACGAGCACAUAUGCAGUUUUCCUCACCUCUGCCGCAGCACCAGUCAUAUAUGUCUUACAUGCACGGAUACCCCUAUGGCCAGGGUUAUGACCCCAGCCACCCGGGAUACAGGGGGGUGCCUACUGUCAUGAUGCAGAAUUACCCUGGGUCAUACCUGUCACCAGGGUACUCUUUUUCUCCAUAUGGCAGUAAGAUGCCACCUGGAGAGGAGGGUGAGAAGGCUCGUGCCAGUCCUACGGUGAGUGGCAAGUCUGCAUCUGAGUCUAAAGCUCUGGACAUCCUGCAUCAGCAUGCUAGCCAAUACAAGAGCAAAUCGCCCACGGUGGGUGAAAAGACGCCCCAUGACAGAGACAGAAGUGGGAGCGAGAGGGAAAGAGACGGCGAACGUCCCAGAUCUUCGCCCUCUCAGAGAAUCAUGCCUUCCCACCAUCACCUAGGCUAUCCACUACUCCCAGGACAGUAUGACCUGUCCUAUGCUACAGGUAUCUCCUCUUCAGCCAUUGUUGCCAGUCAGCAAGCCUCUGCCCCCUCGCUUUACCCUCCAGCCCGGAGGUGAGAAUGGGAGAAGUAACUGGCCAUUCUUCUGCAGACAUGUGACUGGUUCACAUGAGGAUGUGAUGUGGAGCUAAUGACAUCAGUUCAAUGAUGUUCCCGAUUUCUUUAUGGUUCUUUUUCCUGGAUUUCCCGGCGUCUUUGACCAACACCAUCAGAGCGGAGAAAGUGGAUGCCCAGGCUCCUACAUACACGCCGACCUCCACCUCGGGAAGCGCACAUCCAGACGCCUCCCUCUCUGUGCUGCUGGCUACAUACUCAGGAGAGAGGAGACACAAUCUGUCUGCAGAAACGUCAUAUGAUGCGCAAGCUCUCCGAGAAACACGGACCUACAGAGUUUGGGAAAUCUUGAAUGAACCUGGAUGCAAAGACAUUCUGGAAGUCACUACAUUGUGUUUAAAGCAUGGGCAAAGCAUGGAGUGCUACUGAUCUGGACUGCUGCUCUAAAGCCAAGAGGAUUACCAAGGUUUUUUUGCCCUGAAGGAUUCCAGCGUCUUUGUUGCCACUCUUCAUCUUCAUACAUUUACAUUCACAAUUUAUUUGUGGACUAUGCAAGUGGAUAAGGCUUGGUUUUCUUCACUCAGUUCAUUCAGGGCAGUAAAUUCAAGUUCAUGUUACCAUUGCGAAGCUAUCGUCAACAUACUUGAGAGUAGACCGUUCUUUGUCCAAGAGGCAUCUUUUAAACGCACUUCGCUGUCUUUAUUGUUCAUAGUUAUGUUUCUUUCUCAUUGAUGGAUGAUGAACAAAUCUCUCAAAGUCACUCCAUUAGCUUAGCACUGGUCGUUUUGCUGUGCAAAUGUUUUAUUCUCAAACAACCGACUUUGCUUUUGCAUUGGUCGGUUCUCGCCAUGAAUAUAGCCGAGGAAGCUCGCAUGGCGUUAAAUCAUAAACAAACAGCAUUGGUCGGUUCAACAAUGACUCAUUUUUCAGUUAAGUGAUGGGCCUUCUGACGUUUUGGAUUAUCCGGAUCGUGGAGGGAAGAUGAAGCAUUGGCUGCUCUCUGAUAUGCUUACUUGGAGUGUCCCAAAAAGCAGGAAAUUUGACUUUCAGACUGGUUUUUACGGAUUUUUCCGGCCUGUAUUGACCGUUAUCAUAUGCAGACACAAGGCUAUCUGCUUCUCCCAGGCUCUAGAUAGUCAUUUGGGACACGGUGUGUGUGUUUGCCAAUGGAGUUACCAGACUCGACUGGACUGUGUGUGUCUGGUCACGAACUGAACCUUCACACACGGAUACAUUGCUGCUUGCGAAUCUCAUGCCAGACUGCAUGAGUGAAGUCCAAAAUGGGGUAACCUUGAAGGCUUAGAGCGAUCCGAGUAAGAUAACCCCAAAAGAGGCUUAGAGCCGGCAUCCAGCUUCUAGACUUCUUCUACUCCGAUCCACAGACUUGCGGAGCACGAAACAAGGGAGACCUGAAAAACCGUUCCCUCACUUUCUUCUGUACGUCUGCAUGGUAUAUUCCAGCACUCGGUAAAAGCAUUAAUCCAAACGGAGAGCAAUGCGACACAAGCAGGCGUCCUUCCUUUUCUCCCUCACUAUGUGCUUUCUGUAUAUAUUGUACAAAGGAAUUAUUUUAAAAAAGGUUGUUGGAUGCUAUCGGAUUGUCUUACUAUCUCUCUUUCUCUUAUUUUUUUUUCUUCUUUUAGCCUUUUUUUCUACCAUUGUUGGCAUAAUAUCAACGUUUAGCUGGUAUAACGGCUUUAUAUUGGAAGUGUUUUUAAUUUUUACUACUUUUUCUACCCCUCCUCUUCAACGUCAAGUCGGUCCCACUCUGCUUUGAAACUGUUUAGAAGCACAUGUUUUGCGUUUAUUGAAAUAAAGUCUGUUUUAAUAAAACGUCGGCGAAGGAAGCGACAACCCGAGUCCGGUGCUAUCUGGAGCUAGUUUUUCCAGUUCAUCAUCAUGCAGUUAUUGUGUGAAUCUGAAACUCUCAGGGAGAGCAUUAUUGAAAUCCAAGCCAUUUAAAUCAUCCUGGCAUGUUCAUCGCUCUCUACUGUAUUCAAACUUGAUUAUUGAACAGCACAGGGAAGAAGACAUUACUUAACAUAAUUCGUUUAUAGUGAAGAGGGGGCUUUUCUCCCAUGUUAAACAUGACCGUUUGUUUUCCAUCUCAGUCGUGAGACAAAACAGCAAACGUGCAGUAUCUGCAAGAUGGGUUUUUUUCUCCUUAAAUUUAUAACUGAGCAUUAAUUUCAAUGCCACCACAAACCCCUAAUCUGAUUUUAACUAAUGCUCAUGCUAAUGAGGCCUAAUGGCACAAUGCAUUAGUUUUAUUUUGUUGUGGGAGAGACCCAGCCAGAUCUCUGUAAGAAUUUUAUUUUAUCCUCUGUGCAGAUGGAAAACUUUAAACUUUUUAUGCUGAUUUAGGACCAGCUUUCUCUACCUAAACCCUAAACAGUAACUAAGAGAUAUCACAGCACUGGUCUCAGCUCAGCAUCAAAAGGCUCACGCUAAUACGAGAGAGUUAGGAUUUUUAUAUAUAGUAAUAACCUUACUUUUAGUUGUUCUGUCUUCGCGCGUUUAGCCAGUAAACCUGUGCUGUCUGGUGACUUGAUUCAUAAUUGUUGAGGAAAAAGCGCUUGAUUGUUUUAAUUUAUUUUUGAGGGUUCUUCUUUUGUUGUUGCUGUUGUUUUUUCUAGUUCAAUUUUUCUCCUUGUAGAAAGACGAAACGACCGGUUUUAACAGUUCAAACAUUCGUUUAUAUUUGUCUCAGACGGUGCUAAUAUAGCCUGCCCUUUGUGAUCCUUGUGAAAAGAGAAGAGGGAAUUUGCUUUUUUAGUUUAAUUUCUAUUUUCUGUUUAUUAGGCCCCUUCCACAACCAAUCCCACUAAUUAAGCCCCACCUACCCCACAUCCAUAGAGAGCAGCGGCUCAGUGUCGGUCAUCGGUACUUGAAAGAAAGAUGUUUACACCUCUUCAUUUCUGUGUUUGGAAACACUUCUCUUUGUACACCAUCGCUCUCUCUUUCCCUGCCUCCCACACUCUCUUCCUAGGGAUCUCUCAUGUAAAGUGUAAAUUGCUACAUUUUUUUAUACAAUACUGUAACUUGCCUUUGUACAUUUAGGCAGAAAAUAAAUCUUUUUAUGAGACAAUCA